AAAUUGGGACAUCUGUGCGGAGGCGAGAGGCGAGAGAGGUUGCAUGAUUUCAGUGAAACGGUUCCAAAGGAGACUCAGCAGUUUUACAAGGCGCAUUGCCAUAUAGGAUACUUAAUUGUACUUUAUUUUUGUUAGGUUUUGUAGCAACCCUUUGACAAGGUGUGCUUGUCGCCAUGACCGCCUUGUCUCUACUCUUUUUGACCGUGUCGGCUGCUGCUGUCCUGGCUGAGUCUAAUGUGUAUUUCCGAGAGCAAUUUGAAGACGGGGAUGCCUGGAAGAGUCGCUGGGUGGAAUCCAAGCACAAGACGGAUUAUGGCCAAUUUGUCCUGACUGCGGGGAAGUUCUACGGCGAUGCGGAGAAGGACAAAGGUUUGCAGACAAGCCAGGACGCCCGGUUCUAUGCUCUGUCUACACGCUUCGAUGACUUCAGCAACCAAGGUCAGCCUCUUGUCAUCCAGUUCACCGUGAAGCACGAGCAGAACAUCGACUGCGGUGGUGGAUACGUCAAAGUCUUCCCCUCAGGCCUCAAACAGGAGGAGAUGCAUGGGGACUCAGUCUACAAUGUCAUGUUUGGUCCUGAUAUUUGUGGCCCUGGCACAAAGAAAGUUCAUGUAAUCUUCAACUACAAAGGAAAGAACCAUUUGGUUAACAAAGAUAUCCGAUGCAAGGAUGAUGAAUUCUCUCACUUGUACACGCUUAUCGUCAACCCUGACAACACGUACGAGGUGAAGAUAGACAACAAAAAGGUUGAGUCUGGCAGCCUGGAAGAGGAUUGGGACUUCCUGCCUCCCAAAAAGGUUAAGGACCCUGAAGCCAAGAAGCCAGAAGAUUGGGACGACCGAGAGAAAAUUCCCGACCCUGACGAUACCAAACCAGAGGGCUGGGACAAGCCUGAAAACAUUCCAGAUCCCGAUGCCAAGAAACCAGAUGACUGGGACGAUGAAAUGGAUGGAGAGUGGGAGCCUCCCAUGAUUACUAACCCAGAAUACAAGGGUGAUUGGAAGCCCAAAGAGAUCAGCAACCCUGCUUACAAGGGAAAGUGGGUCCAUCCUGAGAUAGACAACCCGGAGUACACCGCUGAUUCUGAGAUCUACAAAUAUGACAGCAUUGGUGUGAUCGGACUGGACUUGUGGCAGGUGAAAUCAGGCACCAUCUUUGACAACUUCCUCAUCACUAAUGACCCCAAACUGGCGGAGCAGGUUGGCGACGACACAUGGGGCAAAACUAAGGAUGCAGAGCAAAAGAUGAAAGAAAGUCAGGACGAGGAGGAGCGGAAGAAGCGGGAGGAAGAAGACAAGCAAAACCGAGAUGAGGCAAAGGAUGAAGAGGAUGAAAAAGAAGGAGAUGAUGACGAUGAUGAUGAUGAUGAUGAUGAUGAUGAUGAUGAGGGGGACGGUGAGGAUGAUGAGGAAAAUCAUGAGGAUGAAGAUGAAGACACAGAGUCCCCCAUGAAGGAUGAGUUAUAAACAAUUGCAAUGCAAGGAGAAGUUUAAAGAAUGGACUGUCUGUGAAGCACUGGAAGCAGGCUGAAGACUCACGCUUGUGGGAGGGUUGUUUGUUCACAGUUUAUGGUUAAAAAUUGGAAAUGUUUUGUUUUUUUGUUUUCUUUAAGUGUGACAUGGACAUAACUUGUAACCUGCCCAACGACCUAAGUAAUUAUCUUCUGGAAAAUUUCUGCUGGCCUCACCCACUGUCCUGCUGUUGGAAGUAAAGAUCCUGUCUGAAUGUUGAAAGUGGUUUAGCAUAUUUGAAAGGUUUUCUUACUUUUAAAAACCACUUUUUAACACAUUUGUCCUAUCCUUAUAUUGAUAAUAAUGAUGAUUAUUAUAUAAUAUAAUUUAAAAAUGAAGCCACAUAUUUAUUAUUUUAAUUUUUUGUUUGCAGUUUGUAGCUUAGAUCAACAUGUAAAAGAUUUGUGUUUUGGCAAAACCUGCGAUGUUAGGAUAAAUAUAAGUAGUGUGUGAAUGUGAGUGUGAUUGUUGUCUAUCUGUGUUGGCCCUGCGAUGAGGUGGUGACUUGUCCAGGGUGUACCCCGCCUUCCGACCAAAUGCAGCUGAGAUAGGCUCCAGCAUCCCCAAGACCCCCAAAGGGACAAGCGGUAGAAAUGAAUGGAUGGAUGGACGUUUAUUUGCUGAGUGGAGGUUUUUGUUUGGAAACAAAUUUGUUGUAAUAUCAUUAUUUGUCUGGUAAUGCUGUUUUCAUUUUUAGUGCUAAAUUUCAAUCCCAGUCCGAUGUUUCAGCAGAAAUUAUUUCAAGUUGGGCAUCAGAACCUCUAAACUGAAGUCCUGUUAUGGUCGCUGUUAACUUCCAUUUUUUUGCACUGUACAAUUACCACGUGUGUGCACAUAGUCAGUAGUGUGUUUGAAUAGAUGUGAAGUACUCCAGUAGCAGGAAGUCUUUUUAGGUUCACUCAUUUUGUGCAUACACAAGUCAGCUGUCCUGCAACUCAAGACUAGCCAAAGGGGUAAGCGCUCAUGUUGUUGUUGUUUUUUUAGUAAGACAGCAUUUUUGUACUAAUACUGGUGGUAAAUUGAACGUGCAGAGAUUUAUUGCAGUGAAAAAAGACAGAUCCGUCCAAAUAAAAGCAACCACAGAAAAACGACUAAACCCUAAUUAAAAAAAUCAUACAAAUAUUG